AUGUCAGCCACAUUGUCACCAAAUGCUUCGCCCAAGCAAUAUCCAUUCUUAACUAGACAAGAAUUCGAAUUUGCCGCAAAGUUGUUCAUUGCGCAGUCUCGGAAAGCGAGUGAAACAGAGGUUUGGAAUUGGGUUGAACAUGAGAAAUUUAAAGGAUUUGGCUACUUAUGUCGAAGAUCUAUGGUACAAAAGUUGGCGGGCAUAAGGAGUUUGGGAGAAGGUAUAUCAGUAGAUGAAGAAAAUGAUGUUUUUGAAGAUGAUGAUCCUAGUGUUCUUUCCACGUUAUCCUCAUCAGAAGAAUACUUGACAGUAGAUUAUCACGUAAUUUAUUCCACUUCUUAUAAAGUACCCGUACUUUAUUUUAAUGUAUACUACGAUGACGGCACACCAUUAAAAAUUGAUGAAAUAUAUUCAAAUUUGGUACAACCUUCAAGAUUUGAAGAUAUAAAACCGGCGGGAUUUUACGGCGGUAUAUCGCAACAGGACCAUCCAACACUUUUAAUUCCAUUCUACUUUCUUCACCCAUGUGAAACUGCCACAUUGAUGAGAACAAUCGUUGGCACUAACGCGAAUAAAGAGUUAGAUGGUGGAAGUGAGGGAAAGCUGUUUAACGUUAAUGAAGAAAGUCUUGUGGAAAAUAACAAUGGUUAUGCAAUAAGAGACUUUGAUAUAUCAUCACAGAAAAUAGCACUAGAGGGAUACAUUAGAAGUUGGUUGAGUUUGAUUGGACCUGUUGUAGGAGUAAAAGUUGGAAUCGG